AAAAACGACUCAAAACAUGGCAUUCGUCAUACGUUUCGCUAAAGCCGUCAGGAACAACUGGAAGAAAUCGACCGUCUUCGCAAGCGCGCUCGCAUACGGCGUGUCGUAUUCGAACGAGAAAUAUGAAAUCAAACAGCUAAUGCGAUACUAUUGCACGGAAGCGUCACGGUACGGAGAUGUUAAGAUAGGCUUAAACCAACGACCACCGAAAGUGUUGGUGCUUCUCAAUCCGGCCGCAAAUCGAAAAUCUUCUGAAGAAGAUUUUCACGAGUACUGCGAACCGAUUCUUCAUCUUGCUGGAUUUGAGGUGGAUGUUGUAAAAACCGAUUCCGAAGGACACGCUCGCCGGUACGUUGAGGAGCUGGCAAACCUUCCCGAUGCACUGAUUGUUGGCGGUGGUGAUGGAACUCUUUCCGAGGCCGUGUCCGGCAUGAAACGUCGCCAAGAUGGUGCCCAAUGUCCGAUAGGAGUGUUACCGCUCGGUCGUACCAAUACGCUCGCGAUGAAACUCUUCUGGGCGGAAGGGGCUAAUAAUUCUGAUCUGGAAAAAGUUCGCACGAUGGCAAAUGCGGCUUAUGCGGUUAUUGCUGGCAAGAAGGAAAAGACCGAUGUUAUGCGUAUUGAGGUGCUGCCAAGUGUGGCGGAUGAAACUCCACCCGAGAAACCGGUGUACGCCGUCGGUGCACUGCAGUGGGGUGCAUUCCGGGACAUUCUCGCACUGAGGGAUAAGUACUGGUAUACGGCUUCGCUGCGAGAUUAUACUGCUUUCCUGUUCAAUGCUUUCGAUGGAGCACACACAUGGAACUGUAAGGCAAAGAUCGCCUACACGGAACCGUGCAGUGGAUGCAGCAAUUGCUACAAGGAUAUGGACGAUCAAUGGGCAGCUGCUAAAAGGCAGGAACAGCAGCCACGCCGAUGGUGGUCGGUGUUUGUGCCACGCUCGAAAACGGUUCCGAAGACGGAUUAUACUAAAAUUAUUAAUGACAGAUGCUCCGUGCGGCACGAGCUGGAGGUGGAUCCUUCGGAACUUGUGAUCAAAACUGGCAACGUAGCGGUUGAAGAAAAGGAGAACGAAAAGGGUGAAGGUUCCACCAAGCUGGAAGUGCUCGUUGGGGAGCAGGCUGAUUCAAGCUUCAAUUUCAUUGGCGAAAGCUGGGGACGUGUGAAGAGUAGGAAAUUCUUCGAGUAUCCUGCCAAGGAUAGCAUCAGCGUGCGAACGGUGGAACUUUUGCCGGAACGGUUAAAGGUAGAAGAAAGCGACCCAGAACUGUACUACUCCAUCGACAAUGAGGCUUACGAGGUGCGUCCCGUACGGAUAACGUUGGUGCCGAAGGCUGUAGAAAUAUUUACCUUCUAGAAGCAAUAA